CUCUUACUUUUUAACUGAAAUCAACCAAACCAUCAACCAUCAAUGGAAGAAGAAGACUCGAAUAUUCAAGAUCAACAAACCAAAUCACUCCUUGACAAUAAUCAUGAUCACAAGGGUGGUAUGAGAACCAUGCCAUUCAUCAUAGUGAAUGAAGCGUUUGAGAAAGUCGCGAGUUAUGGAUUGUUGCCGAACAUGAUUCUCUACCUUACGGAGGUUUAUAAGAUGCAAGCAGUAACUGGAGCAACCGUAUUGUACAUCUGGUCGGCGUUUUCGAAUGGGCUAUCGCUUUUUGGUGCUUUUGUUUCGGAUUCUUACUUGGGUCCGUUUCGGGUCAUUGCUUUCGGGUCUCUCUCCACCCUUCUUGGGAUGUCUCUUCUCUGGUUGACUUCAAUGGUUCCACAAUUAACUCCAUCUUGCAAUCAACCAGACACCAGUUGUAGCCUAGCGACACCGACCCAGCUCGUAGUCCUCUUCUCAUCUUUCGGUCUAAUGUCCAUCGGGACGGGUUGCAUCAGACCAUGUUGCAUAACCUUUGGUGCAGACCAACUCAAACACGUUCGGACCGGUAACAACAACCAAAGACUCAUUGAUAGCUAUUUCAACUGGUACUAUGCUUCAGUAUCGAUGUCAGCGUUUUUUGCUUUUACUGUUGUGGUCUACAUUCAAGACCAACUUGGUUGGCGGGUCGGGUUUGCGGUUCCUGUUUUCAUCAUGGCGUGUUCCGCUAUUGUUUUCUUGAUCGGGUCACCUCUUUAUGUCAAAGUCAAAGUCAAAGAGAGCCCGUAUUCGGGGUUCAUUCAAGUUUUAGUCAUGGCUUUCAAGAACCGAAGGAUCCAUCUUCGUCCCGAUGACUGCUACAAUCAUAGCAAUGAAAUGGAUCGGGUCGAGCUAACCGACAACUUAAGGUUUCUCAACAAAGCUUGUGUUGUUCGAGAUAUGAACAUUGUUUCGACCGUUGAACAAGUGGAAUCCCUAAAAUCAGUAAUUCAGAUGGUUCCGGUGUGGUCAACGGGUAUUCUACUAUUCACAAACGUAUCAUUGGGUUACCCGACACUCCAAGCGAAAACAAUGAACCGGCAUGUCACGUCAUGGUUCGAGAUCCCGGCUGGAUCGUAUAGUGUAUUCAUGGUCUUGACACUUACAAUAUGGGUCGCGUUUUAUGACCGUAUUUUGGUACCAAUUCUAGCAAAAUACACACACGAUCCACGCGGGCUAACUACAAAAACCCGAAUGGGGAUCGGGUUACUAAUCUCAAUCAUAGCCAUGAUGGUAUCCGCGAUCGUGGAAUCCAUAAGGCGUGAUUUAGCAAACUCAAACACGCCAGUUCACAUGUCAGCAAUGUGGUUGGUCCCACAAUACGCGCUACUAGGAUUAGCCGAGGCAUUUAACGUAAUCGCGCUAAUGGAGUAUUGUUACUCCGAGCUUCCAAAAAGCAUGUCGAGUGUAGCCAUGGCCGUGUUUACGCUGAGCUCAGCGGUUGCUGGGCUCCUAGGAAGCCUUUUGGUUAACAUUGUGGACUCGGUCACGAGCCAAGGGGGUAAUGUAAGUUGGCUAUCGACCGAUAUCAAUGAGGGCCACGUGGAUUACUACUAUUGGUUGCUUAGUUUCUUGAACUUGGUCAACUUCUUGUACUUCUUGAUUUGUUGUCGCGUUCAACGAAGUUCUUCGCCGCCGGUGUAUAUUGUCACAUAAGGUUGAAAAUAAAAGAUUUUAUUUUAGGAAUGUGUAA